CUUUUGUCUUUUUGAGCUUUGCUCAUUCGAGAUCUUCUGCCAAGGUUGCCAAACUUUUAUUCACUUUCUUCUGAAGCUUCUUGUGAAGUGGAGAGUUGGUUGCAGCCAGAGAGGAGAGCCUCUAGAACACCAUGGCGUCAUUGCGGUACCUAAACCGCAUGAGGGCGACUUUGGCCUGUCGCACAGCAGGGGCUGCCCGCUUCAACUCCCUCUACACUGGCAAGCAUGUGUCGGUCGAGGUCAAGAAUAAAGUCGCUGUUAUCUCCAUGAACUCGCCAAGCUCUAAGGUGAAUGUUCUGUCACAAGAAGUGAACGAUGAGCUGGUCAGUGCCUUUGACCGCAUCAGCAAGCAGACUGCCGCUGAUGUCGUCGGCUCCGUCUUGAUUUCCAAGAAACCUGGUUGCUUCAUUGCUGGUGCUGACAUCAACAUGUUGGCAUCUGCUGGCACCUCGGAGGCGAUGACCAAAAUUUCCAGCGAUGGCCAGAAAGUCAUGCAGACGCUUGAGGACAGCGAAAGGCCGGUUGUUGCUGCUAUCAACGGCUCUUGCCUGGGAGGUGGUCUUGAAGUGGCCAUGAGCUGUCAUUAUCGCAUUGCUACCCGUGACAAGAGCACCAAGCUAGGCCUGCCUGAGGUCAUGCUGGGUCUGCUUCCCGGUGCAGGUGGUACGCAGCGUCUUCCCAGACUGGUUGGUCUUAUGGAUGCAUUGCCCAUCAUGCUGACUGGAUCUGAUGUCAGACCGGACAAGGCAAAGCGCAUUGGUCUCGUUGACUUUGUUGUUCGCCCUCUCGGUCCGGGUCUGAAGCCCAUUGAGGAGCGCAACAUUGAAUACUUGGAGGAGAUUGCCAUUGAGCAGGCCAGAACUCUUGCCGCCAAGCCUCAGCUUAUCAAGAGAAGCAUGCAGUUUGAGCGUCCGUGGUCCAUUGGCACCCUGAAGCACAAGCUUCCUGUGCAGUUUGGUGCAGUCAGGAACUACAUGAAAGAUCAGGCUGUUAAGCAGGUGAUGAAGAAGACACAAGGAAACUACCCUGCACCGCUGAAGAUCAUCGAUGCUGCAUUCGCUGGUGUUGGAGCGGAGAAGAAGGAGGUCGGAUUUGAGGCUGAGAGCAAGGGCUUCGGAGAGCUUGGUGCUUCCAGUGAGUCCAAUGCUCUCAUGAACAUCUUCUUUGGUCAGCAAGAGUGCAAGAAGAAUCGUUUUGGAAAGCCAGAGCGUGCCACAAGCAAUAUUGCGGUGAUGGGCGCUGGUCUGAUGGGUGCUGGUAUUGCACAGGUCAGCCUGCAGAAGAACUUCAACGUCAUCCUGAAGGAUGCCAAUGACAAGGGUCUCACACGCGGUCAGCAACAGAUCUACAGUGGAUUCGAUAAACGUGCAAAGAAGAAGGCAAUGACCACCUUUGAACGUGACACCAUCAUGUCUAAACUGCAGGGACAGCUUGACUACAAAAACUUCAACAAUGUUGACAUGGUUAUUGAGGCCGUGUUUGAGGACCUCACUCUGAAGCACCGCAUUGUCAAGGAAGUCGAAGCAGCAACAUCCGACAACUGCAUCUUUGCUACUAAUACAUCGGCUCUGCCUAUCCAUCAGAUUGCUGCUGCAAGCAAGCGCCCAGAGAAGUUCAUCGGCAUGCACUACUUCUCCCCCGUGGACAAGAUGCCGUUGCUGGAGAUCAUCACCACUGAUAAGACCAGCAAGGACACAUCUGCUGCUGCUGUUGCUGUCGGUUUGAAGCAGGGAAAGACUGUCAUUGUUGUCAAGGACGGCCCUGGUUUCUACACUACUCGUGCCCUUGCUCCCAUGCUGGCAGAGUCCGUAGCACUUCUCCAGGAAGGCGUAUCACCGCACGACAUGGACCGCAUCACCAUGAAGUUUGGCUUCCCCGUCGGUCUGGCAACUCUGGCUGACGAGGUAGGUCUGGAUGUGGCCAUGCACGUCAGCGAGGACCUGCACAAGGCGUUCGGUUCCAGAAUGGGUGGUGCGGACAUUGGCGUUCUCAAGGAUAUGGUCGCGAAGGGUUACCUUGGUCGCAAGAGCGGCAAGGGUAUCUUCUCCUAUGAACCUAUGAAGAAGAGCAAGGGCAAGCGCCCGGUCAAUGAGGGAGCAAAGGAGAUCCUGGCCAACUACAGCGUAGACAAGCGAACUGAGCACUCCGACGAGAUGGUGCAGAACCGCUUGGCCAGUCGCUUCGUGAACGAGGCCGUGCUGUGCUUGCAGGAGGACAUCCUCAACUCGCCGGUCGAUGGUGAUAUCGGUGCCGUUUUCGGUCUUGGAUUCCCACCGUUCUUGGGCGGUCCAUUCCGCUACCUGGACAGCUAUGGCGCUGGCGAGUAUGUCAACCUCAUGGAGGGUCUUCAGGCUAAGCUGGGUGGUCAUUUCGCGCCGGCACCUCUUCUUCUCGAACACGCCAAGUCUGGCAAGAAGUUCCACACAAAGUAGAUAUGGACGUACGAAGCAAACUGACACGAAAACGCCUCAUUUUGACCAAUUCUGCUGUAGCUUACAGUCCUGACUAUCCGCACUGCCCGCACUAGCGAUCACUGAAAUUCGCUGGUCUGCAGGCAAUUCUGGUACCAGUAUGUGUGUGCGCACACGCGCGGUGGGGCAAUUUGCUGUACAGAGCUGUGCCACCAGCCUUACCAUACUCGGUGCUCUGAUCUAGGUGCGCAGCCACAAGCCAAAGGCUAUACCUUGAGUUUGUGCCAGCACACAAACACACAUUGUCUUUGGGAGUAGGUUUUACCCAUUUUUUUCUUUCUAUUUCGAAUAUGUCUGCCUCUAUCUCAGAAUGACCCCUUCCGUUUAGUUGACAAAGCACAAAAGCGAACAAAAUUCUCAUUUCCAACUUUUCAUGUACAAUUUCAUUUGCCACUGAGAUGCACGGUCAGUCCAUCUCAGUCUGAUCUCUGCUAGGUUUAUGAGACAACCCUCUUAUUGAGUCUUCUAUUUUUUGUUCAACUGCCCUGGGCAGAUAACUGA